CUCACUCAGCGCAAGAAAAAAAGAUACUGUACGAACCUUUCCAUCAUUGAUUGUACUCGAAUCAUCGUCAUCGUUGUCGCCGAAUGCGUGGAUCAGGGAGAGCGAUUGAUUGAACAGGCGCAAAGAAAAUAGGAGAACACGCCAUGAGCCAGAUAUCAACCAACUCGACGAAGAAAGCGAUCAAGGUAUCUUUGAAAGCCCUUCUCCUGAUACCAGCAAUUCUGUCACUCUUCGUUGUAUUUCUAUCCUCCAAACAAUUCGCCAAAACAUCACCGUUUGUCGGUAUUGAUUCGGCGUCAUGGGAACGGUUUUCCACAGUAUUUUCGAAAAGUAGUAUUCCGGCCUGCGAUAACUAUCCGUGGAAGGAAUCGGAAAAUCUGGUGGGGGACUGCGCCGGAUCGCUCACGGUCUUCAAGGGAGACCCUGCUACCGUAUCGUCUGUAGAAACCUGCGCCACUGCUUGCUGCGAGUCUGAUGACUGCGUUACGUGGCAGUUCCGCAAGGACGUCGGCUGCCUCCACGGUGGGGACGUACGCAUCGGAAUGGAGAAAGACGGGCCGGCCUCGUGGUGCAGCGACCAUGCUCCCCGCAAGUGGGAGGGUCAGUACGUAAUGCAGCGAGCACAUGGUCAGAUUGUAAAGAACAAGGAAGAGACCGGUGCCUGCUCGCUCGAUACGUGGAAUCCAAACGAGCAGCCUGGGCAGUGCUUUGGUCUAGGGGACGUGAAGAAAACGAGGAAGGACGACAAGUCGGUCCUCCUCAACAGCGCCAGGGCCUGCAUGGAGGCCUGCUGCGCCGAGGAAGAUUGCGGUGCCUGGCAGUUUCAGAGCGGCCUGGGUUGCUUUUACCACGCAAGAAUGCACGGAUGCAUUGAUACAUCUGAUCCCACAGUCUUUGAGCCCUUUGUGGGACGGAGAAAAUUCAGGUCGUCCCGAGAAUACGUCGACAUGAAGGGGAAGCCGUGGAGCCAGAAGCUAGAAUGAAGUGAAUUAUUGUCUCGAUGUACACUCUAUUAUCGGAUUUGUGUCCGUCAAAACUGGAUAUCUGUCUACUGAUACCUGCUACGAACUGUUUAUCUCAUAAUGAUAAUGUUGCGUGUUGUUUUGCCUUGACGGCUUUUCCCAACGACAGUGAAAAGAGGUUUUUGUAUUGCUGUUCUAUAAUACAAUUAUUUGCGUGAACCAGCCGUUUGUUUCCUCGUUCAGAGCACUUGCUCCCUACGGUCAGUGCCGCGCAACGAAAGGUAUGAUUGCCACUGGAGGAGAUCAUUGGAAUCCUUGAAGUGCCGAUCGAUUGUCCAUGACAUCCUCCUGGAUAUCGUCUCCGGCAGCUCACUAUCGUGGACACGAUCCGAUGCACUUUUACUUUGUGACCGUGGCGCGUCAUUCUACGUCACUAUCAUUUUGAUUUCUAUUUUCUCCCUCUCCUUCUUUAGUUGCUAGAAUACGAUGCCUACUGUCGGCAUGCUAUUCGCAAACGUGCGGCCUAGGCUUGGGAAAAAUCAUUCACAAACGAAUAGCUCCGUCGAAGCAACGGUGAUCUCGCAGAUGAUUGUCAGCCUUAUCACUAGUAUCA